AUGGAAGUGUCUGGGAAGAGAAAAGAUUCAUCCAAUACAAAUACAAAGCCUGGGUCCCAGGAUGAUGCCCAGCUCUACUGUCAGCCAUGUCAGAAAGAUGGGUUAAAGGUGUCUGUGCAUGGAUACUGCCAAGAUUGUACGGAACACUUGUGUGAGAGCUGCUACAAAACUCACAGAAAGCCAGCACCAUGCAGACACCAUGUACUUCUAGACAAGUGUCAGAUGCCUAAGUCCCAGAGUCUUGGCCAGCUUCAAAUUCCACAUGACCUGACAGAGCAAUGUCAGCAGCAUAGAGGGAAGCUGAUAGAAUACUUCUGUCAUCAACACAAUGUCUUUGGCUGCAGUCCCUGCGUAACAAUUAAUCACAGAAACUGCAAGGUAGACUACAUUCCUGAUGUCUCUGAAAAAUAUGUCACUGGUAACGGGUACAAACUACUUGUACAUUCACUGAAAACACUACAAGAAAACUUCAAGAAAAUCGUUGAUGGGGCAAAAACAAACAAAAAGAAGAUCCUGGAGAACAAAGCCACUGUAAAAGAUGAAAUUAAAAGGUUUCGACAAGAAGUCAACAGUAUGUUUGACAAUCUAGAAGCAAACCUUCAAGAACAAGCUGAUGAUCUAUUUGCGGAGGAGUCAGAUAGAAUUGAUGCUAUAGCAACAAGAUCUGCCAAACUGUUAGAUGAUAUUGAGAAUCUUCAAGAUGAUGUUAACAAGUUAGAAAAAGAAAAUAAAACCAAUGCCCUAUACAUCAAAUCUAAGGUAAAUGAAGCUCUGAUACAAGACUACACAUCCACUAUGGUACAAACACAAAACAAAAAUUCUGUAAACACUUUUGCAUUUCAACCUAAUUUGGCACUGAAGGAAAUACUGUUAGGGUCAGAAGCAGGAAUUGGUGAACUCCAUAAAAGUGGAACUGAAAGUUUUCUGAUAGCUUCAAGUAAGUUUAAAGGCUUACAUACAGACAACACAUCAAGAACAAGGAAAGACCUUUAUGAAACACUGAAAGCAAAGCCAUCAGGUGAAAUAAACAUAAAAAUUCCAUCUGAUAAAGGUAACUGUAGUUCCCCUGGAGUGGUUGUAAUUGGCAAGGACACUCUUGCAGUUAUAGAUUCAUCGAACGAUUCUGUUAAAAUAGUUGAUACAAAAAUGAAAAAUGUUGUUUCACACAAAAGAUUAUCGUCUUCUCCAGAUGGUUUGGAAAUACUUCCCAAUGACCUACUUGCCAUUGCACUUCCGGAAGAAAAAAUGCUCCUGUUCCUGUCAAUACCUUACGGACUGUCUGAAGUCCGCCGUAUACAGUUAGAUGGUAAAUGCAGGGACUUAGCUUAUCACGAUGGUAAAUUAAUUGUUACCUCCAAGUGGCCUGGGAAAAUUCAGAUAAUGAGUUUGGAAGGUCACAUAUUUAAAACUAUAGAAAAAGAUUCCUCUGGUAAUUCUUUUGAUUCACCCAUGGUUACAGUUGGUGGACACAAAAACAUCUAUAUUUCUGACUGGAGUUCUUCUACAAUAACAUGUAUGAACUGGGAUGGAGAAGUAACAAACACUUACAAAGAUAAACAUCUGGUCAACCUUCGUAGUACGGUUGCACUAGAAGAUGGAUCAAUACUGGUUUGCUGCAGAGGAAACGAAACCAUGCAUAUAAUUUCAGGAAAUUUAGAAACUAGCAGAGAACUACUCGAGAAAAAAGAUGGACUGCUCUGUCCUUGGUCGCUAGCUUUAGACAGUGAACAAAAUAAGCUCUAUGUUGGAAGUGGUACAAUAUGUAACUUUCUGAAAGUAUAUGAUUUAAACUGA